GACGUGGAAGAGAGAGCAUCUGAACUAUGGCCUAUCUACUCCGCUUUUGGUUCCGUCUGAGGGACCCGAACUCUGGGGACCUUAAGGAGCUAUUGGGGGAGAGUAAUCAAUCGGGGAAACCUAAGAAAGAUAGAAACAGAUGGAAGAUCAAAAACUUGAGGAAGAUUUUUAGAAGGAAGGAAAAGGUGGAUGGUAAAGCAACAGCAGCGUCUGAAACUCCUCCAGAGACCAUGAAGUGGAUCCGGUAUGAUGCUGAUAGACAAGAAGCAGCAGAAAACGAAGCUGCUAAAGAUCGUCUGAGCUUCAUGCUGGAAACGGUAAAGGAUGAAGUUCAGUCUAAGGGCAUCAUAGAGAACAUGGAGAAGCUGAUGAAGGAGAUACAGGAGACACAGGUGAAGCAGACUGAAGCUGCACAGGUGAUGAACUUCCUCCUGGAUAACAAGCUGGAUAACAAGGAGCAGAAAGUCCUGAAGCAGCAGAAUGAGAUGAUGAAGAAGAAAGGAGAAAAUCAGAAGAUGGAGGAGAUUAAAAAGAUGAAGGAGGUGGAGAAAAUGAAAGAGAUGGAGAAAAUGAAAGAGAUGGAGAAAAUGAAAGAGAUGGAGAUAAUUAAAGAAAUGGAGAUAAUGAAUGAGAUGAGGGAGAUGGAGAAGAUGAAAGAGAUGGAAAAAAUGAAAGAGAUGAAGAGGAUGAGGGAGAUGGAGAAGAUGAAAAAGAUGGAAAAAAUGAAAGAGAUAGAGGUAAUGAAUGAGAUGAAGAGGAUGAGGGAGAUGGAGAAGAUGAAGGAGAUAGAGAAAAUGAAAGAGAUGAAGAAGAUGAGGGAGAUGGAGAAGAUGAAAGAGAUGGAGAAGAUGAAAGAGAUGGAGCUAAUGAAAGAAAUGGAGGUAAUGAAAGAGAUGAAGAGGAUGAGGGAGAUGGAGAAGAUGAGGGAGAUGGAGAAGAUGAAAGAAAUGGAAAAAAUGAAAGAGAUAGAGGUAAUGAAUGAGAUGAAGAGGAUGAGGGAGAUGGAGAAGAUGAAGGAGAUAGAGAAGAUGAAAGAGAUGGAGAAGAUGAAAGAGAUGGAGCUAAUGAAAGAAAUGGAGGUAAUGAAAGAGAUGAAGAGGAUGAGGGAGAUGGAGAAGAUGAAGGAGAUGGAGAAAAUGAAACAAAUGGAGGUAAUGAAUGAGAUGAAGAGGAUGAGGGAGAUGGAGAAGAUGAAGGAGAUGGAGAAAAUGAAACAAAUGGAGGUAAUGAAUGAGAUGAAGAGGAUGAGGGAGAUGGAGAAGAUGAAAGGGAUGGAAAAAAUGAAAGAGAUGAAGAGGAUGAGGGAGAUGGAGAAGAUGAAAAAGAUGGAAAAAAUGAAAGAGAUAGAGGUAAUGAAUGAGAUGAAGAGGAUGAGGGAGAUGGAGAAGAUGAAGGAGAUAGAGAAAAUGAAAGAGAUGAAGAAGAUGAGGGAGAUGGAGAAGAUGAAAGAGAUGGAGAAGAUAAAAGAGAUGGAGCUAAUGAAAGAAAUGGAGGUAAUGAAUGAGAUGAAGAGGAUGAGGGAGAUGGAGAAGAUGAAGGAGAUAGAGAAAAUGAAAGAGAUGAAGAAGAUGAGGGAGAUGGAGAAGAUGAAAGAGAUGGAGAAGAUAAAAGAGAUGGAGCUAAUGAAAGAAAUGGAGGUAAUGAAUGAGAUGAAGAGGAUGAGGGAGAUGGAGAAGAUGAAGGAGAUAGAGAAAAUGAAAGAGAUGAAGAAGAUGAGGGAGAUGGAGAAGAUGAAAGAGAUGGAGAAGAUAAAAGAGAUGGAGCUAAUGAAAGAAAUGGAGGUAAUGAAAGAGAUGAAGAGGAUGAGGGAGAUGGAGAAGAUGAAAGAGAUGGAGAAGAUAAAAGAGAUGGAGCUAAUGAAAGAAAUGGAGGUAAUGAAAGAGAUGAAGAGGAUAAGGGAGAUGGAGAAGAUGAAGGAGAUGGAGAAGAUGAAGAAUUCCUGGAGAUACGAAGACAGACUCUGAGAGAGGAGAAACAUCUAAACACCAGCAGCAACAAAACAUCUGAAACAAAUUCAAAUAAAAGCAAUAAAAAUACAAA